AUGGUAAGAAUCGACGAAGCCUGGCGGCCAAGCGAACGGCCUUUCGAGAGAUUCGUACAAACUGGUCGCAUUGCCAAGGCCUCCGCAGGUCCCCUUAAGGGGCGCCUGGUGGCCAUCGUCGACGUCAUCGACCAAAACAGAGUUCUGGUCGAUGGUCCUCUGACCGGCGUGCCCCGUCAGGAAUACAGAUUGAACAAUCUGCAUCUGACCAAGUACCGCAUCAAGUUCCCCUACACCGCGCCCACGCGCAUCGUGCGCAAGGCCUGGACAGAGAGCGACCUGAAGGCCCAGUGGAAGGUCAGCCCCUGGUCCGUCAAGGCACAGAACAUCUGCAAGCGCUCCUCGUUGAACGACUUUGACCGCUUCAAGCUGCGUUAUGCUAAGCGCCAGCGCAACAAGCUGCUGACCAUCGCCUUCAACACACUGAAGAAGCGCACCAAGGCUGACGGCACUCCCCGCGUCCUGAAGAAGGAUCGUCGCGAGCGUCUGCGUGCCGAGAAGGCCAAGGGUGGCAAGAAGGCCGCGGCCAAGAAGUAAAAACACUACCUUUAACGAAAGUAACUGCUUGAUGAACAUCCACCACCAUGGAAAAAAUAAAAGAAAGUGUUAUUUUUAG